GUCGAUUUGGUGCAAAGCUGCGUGAUUAGAUAAGAUCGCGAAGUCGGUUGAUCUGCGGCAACAAUUGGGCAUGCGCCUUCACCUCUGCGAAUGCUGUUUAUUGAAGCCAGAUCGCAAGUCACAAAACACAGCAUCUUGUCCACACUUUCCUUCUUUCUCUUCUGUGUUCCCAGGGUUUGGUAUCGCGCAGGGAAUGUGGUAGAACACUUGUCACACACACUCUUCCAGCUUGGUUCCGAAAUCGAGAGUUCUUAGGAGCAGACCAGGAGCGGCUUGUUGAAAAUGGCGCAAGUCAUUGCGAACUCUGGCCACGAUGACAUGAUUCACGACGCGGUGCUAGAUUACUACGGUCGACGUCUGGCAACGUGCUCGAGCGACAAGACGAUCAAGAUAUUCGAGAUAGAUGGAGACCAGCACCGGUUGACAGAGACUCUCAAAGGACACGAGGGCGCGGUCUGGUGCGUGUCGUGGGCCCAUCCCAAAUUCGGCACCCUCCUCGCCUCGUCAUCCUACGACGGCCGCGUCCACAUCUACCGCGAGACCCCUUCUCAACAACCCAACGCCCCGGCCCAAUGGACGCUGGUGUUCACGUCGACCAUCCACACCGCGAGCGUCAACAUGGUCUCCUGGGCGCCGCCGGAGCUGGGCUGCCUCCUCGCGUGCGCCAGCUCCGACGGCAACGUCAGCGUGCUCGAGUUCCGCGACAACCAGUGGGCGCACGUCAUGUUCCCCGCGCACGCCAUGGGCGUCAACGCCGUGAGUUGGUCGCCCGCCGGCGCGCCCGGCGCGGUCACGCGCAAGGACGGCGGCGGGCCCUCGUCGGCGCCGGCGCGGCGCUUCGUCACGGGCGGGAGCGACAACGGCGUCAAGGUGUGGGAGUUCAACGCGCAGAGCCAGAGCUACGAAAACACCGUGGUCCUGCCCGACGGCCACGCCGACUGGGUGAGGGACGUCUCGUGGAGCCCCACGCUGCUGAGCAAGACUUACAUCGCGAGCGCGAGCCAGGACAGGACGGUCAAGAUCUGGACGUCGGUGAACCCCGCGGACGGCACCUCGUGGGCCCUGGCCAAGACGCUCGAGUUCGACGCCGUGCUGUGGCGGGUCAGCUGGUCGCUGAGCGGGAACGUGCUGGCCGUGAGCGGCGGCGACAACAAGGUCACGCUGUGGAAGGAGGACCUGAAGGGGAACUGGGACAUGGUCAGAGAGGUCACCGAGUAGUGGUGGUUGGUAUCCACCGAGUGCAACCACGCGUAAGCAAGUUUUCUUCACUCGCGACGACGAGCGCGCAAGCGGGUGACGCGUAGAAGACGCUUUGGCUAGGUACACCGUGUUGCAACUUUGAUCCGAAAAGAAGAAAACGCCCCGCGCAGGGGUACCUUGGUAUGAGAUACGAAGUGGUUCAAUACUUGAGGCCUCAAAAUGGUUCGACUAGUGACUACAGUACCGUACCGUAGGUUGAUCGCCUGCAACCCCAGUAAUAGAGAAGAAAAGGAUGUCGAAACCCGUCAACAAAACCCCUCCUCCAACCAAGAAGAGGUAGAUAGACGUAGGUGUCGGUGUGUGGGUACGAUAUGGAGUACAUUGUCCAUUUGUUUGGAUUAACCAGCCCCCGUACGAAGGGAAGUCUCUUUCAAUCGAGUAUAGAGUAUACACGGACAGCAGCUUUUUGUGACAUUUACACUUGGAAUACAUG